GAGAGAGAGAGAGGGGAGAGAGAGAGAACGUGCGUACGAGAGCUCAUGUAAAACCAGAUUAAAAACACAAGAUGGCUUCCUGAAUGGGCUGCUGGAUCACAGACGAGAGAGAGACUGAGAAAGAAGAAGCGUGGCGAGACAGAGAGGCAGAAGGAAGAAGAAAGGGACGGAGGGGCGAGGGGGUGGAGGACGAGAGGGAGCCGGAGUCUUCUGAUGGGGAUUCGGCCGGCAGACGGAGGAGUACAAACCGAGGCAGCUCAGAGGCUCGCAGGGUGGAAUAUUUUGAGGACAACGCUCGAAGCCCGGUGGGAAACCCUGAACUGGCGGCCGAGACUGUUCACAAAGUCACUUCAGUGGAUGGCCCCAGAAGUGGAGGCCAGAUGGAAAUUGGGUCACAUGACCGCCUCCAGGAAGGCGCGCUGAGCCUGGAACUGGCCAAUGGGGUGAAUCGCUACCCUACUGAAGAUGAGGCCUCAAUGGAAACAGAUCAGCAGAGAGCAGGAAGGCUGCCCCCGAGGCAAAACUGGGUGUCGGGGCACGGCAAGGUCAGUGGCACCCAACAACAGCCACCGAGUUGGAGCGGCAAUGGAGCAACCCCAAGCGAACCUGUUCACCAUGCAAACGUGGAGGAUGCCCAUAAUUUGGUGGCUUUUUCUGCUAUAGCUGGCUCCUUGCCCCCUUCCUCCUCCUCCUCCUGCCUUCUCGUGCAGCCUAACACAGCUCAGCUAUACGAGAAGUUUACCCAGGAGACGGGUGCUGGCGGAUCUCAUGCCAGACUCUCUGCAGGGGCUCUUGAGGGAAGCUGCCAACCUGCAGAAGACCUUAACACCCUGAAGACAGCACUGAGCCAAGCCAAACAUGGACAUAAGCCCCCGAACUGCAACUGUGAUGGGCCUGACUGUCCAGACUACCUUGAGUGGCUGGAAAAGAAAAUUAAGUUAGCAACUAAUGAGGAGCAAGGCUCACGCAAAACGACCGAUGUAUCCCCAAACACACAGCCUCACCUCCAGCAACCUCAUUUGCAUCCUCAGUCCUACCAACAGGCGAAUGGUGGUCACAAUCUUCCCACUUCAUGCUCUCAUCAGCAACAGGUUGCUCAAGGUCCUCGCCCAGACCAUGCUCCCUGCCCCAAACCCCCAAUUCCUUGCUCUCCCCAGGUGCUCUCCAUAGCCAAGGAAAAGAACAUCAGUCUUCAGACGGCCAUCGCCAUCGAUGCCCUGACCCAGUUAUCUAGUACCAGUCCACAAACUGCCGGUCCACCGGGUCAGACGCUUCACAAAAGCAACCUUCAUCACCACCAUGUCCAGAACACCACAUCUCAGCCUCUGAAUGGCACUGGCUUGAUCCCGUCCUCUCCUGGCAUGCACUUAUCCUCCUCACGCUCUCAGUCCGUCCCCCCAGGACUACAUAACAGCCAGCAGCACCCGGCAGCAUUAUGCGACCACCACAGGCCUCAGUCCCAGGGCCAUCCACCCAAUGCUACCCCUCUCCCAUCCUCUACCUCUCCCUUCCCAGGUCAGGGAAAACCUCCAGGCUUUAGUCCUAAUCCCCAGCAGUGGCAACAAGGCUCAGGCAGAAGCUCUGAUCCAAGGAAUCCAUGGAUGUGUAUAAAGUCUGAGCCCCAGUCUAAAUUUGCCACUGCCCCUCACAGUAGUUCAGAUCCCAUGUCAGAGCUCAAGCAGUUGCUUGGCAACACCAGUGGCAAGUUCAGCAAUGCUCCUUUCAAGCUUCCAGUCGCACAGCAGCAUAGCUCAAACCAGAAUGGGGGUGUCCAGAGCCAGGACAGCCCAGCUUUGGCCAGGAUAAAGCAAGAGUCAGACGCGGGUGAGCACUACCAUCAAACUGCCUCCAUGGGACAUUAUGGCAUGGCUAAUGGUCAACAGCAGGGGCAGCACUACCCCGGCACUCCCCUCUCUCCUGGCCAAGCAGCCAUCAGCCACUCCACUCAGGCAGCUCUGCAACAGCACCUUCACUACAAGAGGAACCUCUUCUCUAACCACUCCUCUGGCUUCGGAGCUCCAGGCCCACGUGCACCUCUUUCUUGUCAAAACUUGAAAAAAUGGUGGCCACAGAUGGAGGCAGAGGGCUUGCCACAUCUGGCCAUCAAACAGGAACCCAAGGAACCCAAGAAGAAAAAAAGCAGCCAGGGAUCUCCUGUCAUCAAAGCGAUGAGUGGGAUGCUUGGAGUCCCCCCCCUCCCCAAACCCAAACAGAUAAUCAUCAAAAAGACCAAGCAGAAAGCCUCCUUGCCAACCUUCCUGCCUCAAACUCAGAUCUCCAUUCAGAAACCACCAGUCCACGUGAUAGACAGAGCCUCCACCCUAAGCAGUCUACACACAGGUUCUUUCCCUUCGUUGCCCCUCCAUAGUAACUCCACUCAGGCUGCUGCUGCUGCAGGCCUCCCAGCCCCAGCCCAAACUCAGGUAUUCAUUCCCAACUCCUCAAUGACUUCCUGUUCCACUGCUUCAGUUUCCUCAGAAAACACUCCAGCUGUCAUUGGUCCUCUUCCCCAGUCUUUGACUCCUGCAGCCCACGUAAGGCCAGAAGCAGUGGUCAGCCUGGCCUCAAGUGACACCAGCACCAGCACACCCGUGACCUCCACAUCUCCAUCCAGCACCUCAAAAUUACAGAGUCUGAUUAAUAUUGACCCCAAAUACGAAGAGCUGAUUCGCCAAUUCGAGGCUGAAUUUGGAGACUCGAUCCCAGACGCAUCUGCCAAUCAGCCCAUGGAGGAAACUGCUCCUGGCCUUAAGCCAGGUAGUCAGCCCUUGAGCAGUCCUCAAGGCCCCAGUCCCACAUCAUCUGCAUCCCAGUCGGUUCCCUUAGUUGCUAAUUCCACGCCUCACUCAGAUGAUCAUGAGAUGGAAGUGAAUAAGGAUGAGUCAGGGACCCAAAGUCAAAACACCAUGCAACAGGAAUCUACAGAAAGUCCCCUUGAAAGACAUCAGGAGGGGCCAUUUAAUGCCCCUCUGAAUCCCGAGGUAGUUCAGGACAAGCAGCAGCUCCAGCCUAGAGCACUGGAGGACACAUUCAGCAUGCCCUGCUCUCCUCUGCCUAAACGCAUGAAGAUUGAAGCCUCGGGUGACAUAGCAGUACUAUCCACUACAUGCUAUUCAGAAGAGGACACACCAACUAAGGACAGUCUGCCUUCCUCGCCAUCUCUCAGAGGGUUUCUGGAGUCUCCUUUACGCUACCUGGACACACCCACUAAGAGCUUGCUGGACACUCCCUCUAAAGAUCUACAGGCAGAGUUCCCUACCUGUACCUGUGUAGAACAAAUCCUGGAGAAAGAUGAAGGGCCGUACUACAAUCACCUGGGCGCCGGACCGACUGUGGCCUCCAUCCGAAGCCUGAUGGAGACGAGGUACGGAGAGAAAGGCGACGCCAUCCGGAUUGAGAAGGUCGUGUACACAGGCAAGGAGGGAAAGAGCUCACAUGGAUGUCCGAUUGCUAAGUGGGUGAUCCGUCGAGGCAGCGAAAAAGAGAAGCUGCUGUGUCUGGUGCGUCACCGCGCAGGCCACCACUGUGCCAACGCCGUCAUCAUCAUCCUCAUUAUGGCCUGGGAAGGUGUCCCCAGGCCCCUGGCUGACAAGCUGUAUCGCGAGCUCAGUAACACCCUCCCCAAAUAUGGCAACCCCACCAGCCGGCGCUGUGGCCUCAAUGAUGAUCGUACUUGUGCCUGUCAAGGCAAGGACCCUGAAAGUUGUGGUGCUUCCUUCUCCUUUGGCUGCUCCUGGAGUAUGUACUUCAACGGCUGCAAGUACGCCCGAAGCAAAAUGCCGCGCAAGUUCAGACUGCAAGGAGAUCACCCUGAAGAGGAGGAUAAACUCAGGGAUAACUUCCAGAAUCUGGCAACUGAGGUUGCUCCGUUGUACAAGCGACUGGCUCCACAGGCCUACAGCAACCAGUGUCAGUCGGAGUUCAAAGCUCCUGAGUGCAGACUGGGCUUGAAGGAAGGCCGUCCAUUUUCUGGAGUCACCGCAUGCAUGGACUUCUGUGCUCAUGCUCAUAAGGACCAGCACAACCUCUACAAUGGUUGCACAGUGGUGUGUACUUUAACUAAAGAGGACAACCGCACGGUGGGUGAGAUCCCUGAGGAUGAGCAGCUCCAUGUGUUGCCACUUUACACCGUAUCCCUGUCCGAUGAGUUUGGCAAUGAGGAGGCUCAGCGGCAGAAGAUAAAGACAGGAGCCAUUCAAGUGCUUCAGGCUUUCCGCCGUGAGGUACGCAAGCUGCCCGAACCGGCCAAGUCCUGCCGACAGCGCCGACUGGAGGCCAAGAAGGCCGCCUCCGAGAAGAAGAAAAAUAAACUCAUGCAGCAGUCAGGGGAGACGCCAGAGAAAACGGAGGUCAAGAUGGAGGUCUGCGUCACCAAUUCCCCUCAACUCCAAGGCAAUAAAGCAAUUGUAAAACAAGAAGUGAAGCCCAACAUCAAGAAAGAGCCCUUCAAUGGAUCGCUGGAUGGAUACCCCGUGCAGGCAGCAGACCCGCUGAAUAACAUGUACCCACAACCUGCCUACUAUGCAAGGGGAGGCCUCCCCCCAACUGGCCAGCCCUCUGCACCCGACGCGGUCAAUGGUUACCAUCCCAGUCUGCCUGCAAUGCCCUAUGGCUACUACAACUACCCACCCAAUGCACUUUUCCCCCCAAAACUGAGGACCUAUGAAGGUCGAAAUGCCUCUUUGGCCAAACCAGGAGGCAGAGCUGUCCAGGUCGAUACAAAGCCUGACAUUCAGAGUCUUCAGGCCAAACUGGCUCAGUCAUGUCCCAGCCAUCCAGAGCAAACCCACCAACCAAACCACAGCGCUUACAGCCAGCCGGCGGAUUACAGCCAGUCCCGUCCUUCAUCUGUCUCCUCUGAGUCCUCCAACAGAGGAACACCUCUGAUCAAGCAGGAACCAAUGGAUGUGCCAGUCUAUGAAGGUGCUUUGCCGAACCAGCCUGGUGCUACUACAGUGAGAACCCUACCCCAGCCUGCAGCCUGGCCUGGGCACAGGCCAAACGGAAGCAUUACCCCCACCUCCUGGGAUGCGCAUCUAAACCGUAAACAAAGUAAUGAAGCCCCCUCAGUGACACCUGACAAGCAGCAGUUUCACCAGCACCCUCAGCAGCGGCAGCAGCCCUCUCCUUACCCCCAGCAAUGGACGUCCCACCCCGGUUCAAACACCCCACUGGCUUCCCCUGCCCCGUCGCCAUCGGUCCAGGUACCUCUUUCUCCGUCUCCGUCCCCUCACCUAGGCACAGCACUUCAGGCUAACAUGCACCAGGGUUCACCGCGUCCUCCCACCCCACGGCCAAGUACCCCUCACUCACGCUCAGUGACUCCGCAGCCAGGCACCCUUGGUCCAGGCACCCCAAGGCACUGGGUCAGUCCUGCUCCUAGCCCGCAACCAAAUCCAUGGGCCAUGGGCCCUGCAGCGUAUAGCCCUGGUUUGAAGCACAGCAAUCCUGCAGGAGCCUACCCAGACAAGAUGUGGUCCAAGACAGGGGAGAGUCGGUGUUCAACCCCACUCGGACUCCAAGAAAAAGCUUGGAAGUCUUGUGGAGGAUCAGUGGCGGGCAGCACCCCUUCCCCGGCCCCUGAGGGCCGCCUCUUCCCCGAUGCCCUGCAGCAGUCAGGCCAGGCGUGCUAUGACCCCAGCCGAGCUGAGAGUGACAUUGAGAGCACCACACAUGACGAGGACGAGGUGUGGUCCGACAGCGAGCACAACUUUUUGGAUCCCCACAUCGGUGGCGUGGCGGUAGCACCGGCCCACGGCUCCAUUCUGAUCGAAUGUGCCCGUCGGGAGCUGCAUGCUACUACUCCACUGAAAAAGCCGGAUCGCUCCCAUCCCACACGCAUCUCCCUGGUCUUCUACCAGCACAAGAACCUCAACCAGCCCAUGCAUGGCCUGGCUCUAUGGGAGGCCAAGAUGAAGCUGCUGGCAGAGCGGGCGCUGCAGAGGCAGCAGGAAGCAGCUCUCCUCGGCCUCUCCCAGGAAGACAUCAAGACACUCGGGAAGAAACGCAAGUGGGGGGCUACGGUGGCAGGUGCUAGUCCAGGACCUGGACAAUCUAAAGACAAGAAGGAGGGGCCAGUGACGCGGUUUUCCCCCUCGUUCUACACCACCUCUAUGGUUACUGUGUCUCCCUAUGCCUUCACCCGCCUCACUGGGCCCUACAGCCACUUUGUCUGAGGCCAGACGGACACAAGCAGACUGAUUACUACAGAGUGACGUGGCAGAGGGCUGGAGAGGGCAAAGAGCAGGAUGAAUGUCACUCAGCCGUCCCGCAGUAUGGCAUCUCUCCAUCCUGCUCCCUCCACAGUCCAUCUGGAGGAGGGGACAUUUUUAUUGUUUUUUACCUCAUGUCAGGCAGUGGUUUGGGCUUCAGACACACUGCCUGUGGUGCUCUUCCUCUCUCUUCCCUGGAGAGGAACUCCAUUGCUUUUUCUUGUUUAUAGAAUUUUAAUGAUUCUAAUUAUUGCUAUUAUUAUCAAUAUUAUUAUGAUUGCUAUGGUUACUGUCAAUGUUGUUAUUACAGGUAUUAUUAUAAUGAAGACAAGUUUUUUUUUAUUAUUGCUGUUUUCAUUAAUGUUAUUAUUAAUGAGGUGAUUGUUUUGGGUUAUAUAUUUUUUUAAAUCAAUCAGUCUGACUGCCUCAGACAGUUGCUUUUUCCAUGUUUGGAAAUUGUGUGCCCUUCUUUUUUCUUUUUGUUUUUUUUGUUUUUUAAUUUCUUUUAGUUCUUCUCAAUCUUAAAGCUGUACUCUGAGGAGGAGCCAUCAUCUGUUUGAAAGGACAGCAAAUCAAUAUGAUUGCUAUCAGGAAUCAAAUGACAAGAAAAAAAAAAUCAACUUUAUUAGUGGCAAUCAGCAAAAAUUGUAACUUUUAGCUAAUCUCUGGAGAUUCACUGAGAAAUGAGGAUGAUUUGUGUAAAAGCCAUCAAAACCAGCUAUCCUUGUAGUCGUAUGUGAAAAUUGACAGUUGUAUUGCACUAAAACAAUCGACCCUAACUUUUUUUUUAAUGUUUCUAAGUGAAAAAUGCUUUCAAAUUAAAACCUGGAUGAUGACAGAGUAUGCGGGAGCAACGACCCAGCUCUCAGCAAAUAGCCAGUUUUAACAUAAUGCAAAAAGUUAAACAAAUGAACGACAAGAUAUAACUGCAAUAGCUUGCUGGCCUUUCCAUCGGACGAUGCGCUCCUCUUCUGUACCCCUCUAGCUUUUGACUGGUGCUCAGCUUCCGGCUCUGAUCGAUUUUCAUUCCACAACUCUUCAUGGCAUUCGGUGCUGUAUUUAGGUGCUCUAACUCAAAUUUGGCUCACAUAGUAUUUGCAAAUCAAUAUUUUUUGCUUUGUCUAAGGUGGGGGACCCGAGCAAUUUGUCCUUUUGAUUAUUCUGGGACAUAGAAAACAUGUCGUGCAAAAGGAGUCAUCUUACAGAGACUUUCCUUUGCUCAGCAUGUUUGAUUUUUUCCCCUUUCUUCUGAGGUUUUGCUAUCUGGAACUCCACUGUCACUAAGGCAAGUGAUACUGUUUGCAAAUGCCAUUUUUUAACCCACAUGUGCUCGACCACGCUGUAUCUUCCUAUCACAUUCAAGUGGGGGUGAGCACUUCCCAGUGUAAACUGCAGAGGGCAGCAGUUGACUGCUCUUUCAAACAAACCUACAGGCGCUUGAGAUCCAUUGAGAAGCCGGGGGAAGCUUAGCUUUGCUGCUUUAGCCAAACAGGGCCAGCAGAGAGCGCUCUCACACCCUGUUUGGACUCCCUGAAGCAGCUCGAAGUGAAGUUUGUCCCAAAUUGGCACAAAAUGUGAAUCUUGGGUCGGAGCAGACUGAAAGUUUUGAGACAGAAGUGCUUUUGGUGCUCCCACACACAAACACACACACCCACAAACACACACAUACACACACUCUGGUGCUCUCCUAUUACACUUGAUUGUACUGUGAGGGGCCCAGUCCUUCCUCUGCAUGGUGCUGUCAUCUCGCAGCAGAGCGCGGGGCGUCCUUCUGCAGGCACCACAGCGCCGGCUGCGAUCGCAGCCAAGUCACGGCCGGUUCGUCACGAGUCGUUUUCAGAGUUAACGGUGGCAUAAAGUGGUUUUGUCUCAAACAAAGUGCACUGUACGGGGCAGGAGAGAGCACAGCCGUCCCACAUGUCUCGGUAACCCGUGCUUUUCCCAGAGGAAGCAGCACUGAGAGAUGAAGGGGGAACCUUAGAGAGAUACGCUGUAGCUUCCAGGAGUCGGCGCACGGGCAUCAAAUCGACGAAUCUCUCGCUUUGUAUGCGUGCGCGAGUGUCUGUAAACAGCACCGAUGCAUGGCCGUAUGAACGAGAAGAACCAAAGAGAGAGGCUACUUGAUGGCCUGCCCGAAGUGUCACCCGGCGUUUCCCUUUCUUCUCCCCGUUCAUAUGUUUACUGGAAACAUGCGUCCGAGAGGAAAAGGAGUGAUUGACAGAAGUGGAUGCGCGCCGACUCCCAGCUGCUACAAGUGGUUGUUUGGGUCAAAGCCCCGGGUCAUCUGUGAAAGACCCUUUUACCUCCGGGGAGGGUCUCCAGCGCUCUACCUCAUGCUGUAGAGACACUGGUCACAAUCACAACUUGCUACUGAGGGCAGAGAAUCAUGCAUGUCCUUUUGUGUGCUCUAGAUCUCCACACUCAUUUUAACCGGCUUUUAUUAUUAUUGUUUUUCUUCUUUUUUUACUCUUAUUUAUUACUACAUGAUGAUGAUGAUGAUGAUGAUGAUGAUUGUCUUUGAUGUUAUGGUUUCUUUCAUUUUUUUUUAUAUAGCUAAUACAAAUUGUACAUAGAGAAGAAAAGAUUUAUAAAAGCACUUUUAAUCUUGAUUUUAAUGACAAAAAGAAAGAGCCGAUUAUUGACAACUUGAAGCUUAGUUUUGUUUUUUGAUUUUUUUUUUUUUUUUGGGGGGGGGUUAUUUUUCAAUUUUCUCAAGAGAGAGAUAAAAAUGUAAAUAUUAAACUAUUUAGGUAAGAUUAUUUAACUGGUGAGGAAAGUAACUAAACCAUGGAUGACAUGGGGGUAUUUUGAAUUCCCUGACAGCCCUUAAUAACAACAGUGAAAACAACACUCGGUCCCACUGUGCUGCACGUCAACGUGUGCUCGGUAACACUGCUGUUCUUGCUUUCUUAAGUACUGUACCCCCGUCACUCUCUGAGGAGGAAAUCACGUGUCCAGUUAUGUAACAUGAAACCACACUCAGCUCGCUCACUGACGGCAGUUCUCGGUUCAGAAAUGUCCAAAAAGUAGAACAAUUGAAUUUCAUGGUCAAGUAGAUCAUUUUCAACACUCCCCCUUUGACUCUCAUCCCAAAUAUUACAGUUAUCAAAUUUAUAUUCAAGCCUGAAAAAUACCAAAAUUCUAACUUAGUAGCUGAGAAGGCAAUAUGUAAAGUGUGUUGUUUUAAAUGUUGGUAAUCUGCUUCUCGCCUACUUUCCCAGAGCUAGAUGAGAAGAUCAUGCAAACGGGUGCAAAAUCUCCUGCUUAUUUAAUCUUUUUCAGCUCAUUAUAGAGGUUCACGGCUGAUGUUUAUUCCUCCAAGUAAACAGUAAAGAUUACAAGAACAAAUUCUCCACCACACGAAGUGCUCCAAAAUAUCUUUUUUCUUUUUCUUUUUUUUUGCGCUCGCAAUCUUAAGUGGUGCGAAUCUUCUCUUCAAGGUCUGGGAAGAAGGCAGACAGGUGUAUUACCCACGCAUUGAAAUAUUUUAUGUAUUAAACAGGUUACUCUUGAGAAGUUUACCACAGAUGUUGUGUGAAACGGUACCUGAGAGGGGAUGUCUAGGAAACGAUUCGUAGCUGCAGAGCUGGUCCGAGGUGAAUCAGUGGGUGAUGUUCUAGUGAGUGAUAGCCCAGCAAUCUUUGUCAGUUGUGUUAGACUAUCAGGUAAGAUACUGCCUCCCUGCUUGUUUAGAUGUAUCAUUAUUAUCCGCUCUAGCUUUUAUAAUAGUUACAUAUGCAGAAAAAUACACGUUGCCCCGAUGAACGACCCGAAGAUGUUUAGUUUAUAAUGACAGAUAAUUCUAUGAUGGGAGCUGUGAGGAAUGCAGCCACAACAGGGCCCGCUUUACUCUUCUCAGUAGAUUGCAUAUGACCUACAGUACACACACACACUUGCCUAAGAAAAGGUGCUGAAUAUACUAUGUACAUGAUAUCUUAUUACCUUUGUAAAAUUCUCACGAGUUUGGUGGAUGUUCCUCAGACGAGGCUCCGCCCCCCCGAGCGUGUGGCGCGUGUGCGAGUCAGCUGGUGCUAUGGCGCUACACAUUAUAGUUCACUGUGUAAACAAACAAAAAAAAAAACUAAGAAAAAAAAAUGUGAGGGAUAAAUGAUUACCACAAAUAUUUUUCUGAGCUCUUCGAAUGUCAGGAGACGUAAACUUUUGACGAAAGCGGCUUCGCGGGAUGGGAAGCUGCCCUGGUGCUGACUUUACUGAAAGUCUUUUGUUACAAAAACGCUACAAAUUUGCAUCUCUGCUCGAUGUCAGGAGGGCACUUACGGAAACAUCCCGCCACAUUCUCCGACAACAGUUCAUUCCACAUUGUGCUCCAAUUCAUUUAGGAUGAGACAUAGAAUCAUAUUAAAUGAAGACUGUUAUCUGGGUUUUCACACUGGGUACAGCGACAGUACCGGAGGCUAUUAAAGAUUUCAUUUGUUGUACAUGUUCAUGUUAAUUGAAUGCUAAGAUAUUUGAACAAUAUCAGAUUUGUGUACCCCCCCCCCCCCCCCACCCCCACCUCUUCCUCACGUGAGUCAUGCACUUCCUUUACCCCCCCCAAACACCACCACCACGCUUUCCUUGUAUAUUUUGACUUUUUUUAACACAAAAAUAUAGAUAUACAUAUGCAUCUCACUCUGUCUGGCCCUCUUUUAAAAAAUAUAUAAAUAUCUAAUUUAAUUAAAAUCCUCCAAAUUUGUGAUAGAGACUUGGAUCCUGGCCCGUACAAACAAACAGGAAAAAGAAAAAGAAAAAAAAAAAAAAAAGAAAAACAACAAAAACGGUGAAAAAAAGAAAUAAAAAGACAGAAAAUGAACCCACACAACUGGCAGCUACAUUCCUUUUUAAUUUUUAGGAUUGUUCUUGGUUCUUUAUUUUUCAUGUCAAGGAUGCAGUAUGUAAAAACAAAAAAAAAAAGUGUUUUUGUUCAGUCUCUCUCUCUCUUUGUAGCUGUAUGGUGUAUUAUGUGAAUACAUAGUGUAUGUGG